CUAAUUGUAUGGGUGUUGGUGGCGCACGUGUGCGGUCGGUGAUGGGCUGAGUCGUUGGAAUGCGCAGGCGACUUUUGCGGAGCACGGCGAGUCUACUGCUGACGUAUUGUUGCUUCCUCGUGGAUGUGCUGGCGAACUUGGUGUCAUCUGAUGGCCUAAAAGAGGACAUCUUCUUCGAAAUACUUGAACCAGAAAGCCUGCGGUACACGUUUCGUCUGAGACCCGCGCACGAGUUCGGUUCGUCGUUUGCCACCCAGCUGUCCAAUGUGGGCUUGGUGCUGUCUGAGCCACUGCAGGGCUGUGCCAGCCUCGUCAAUCGUCUUGAGCUCCGCCACAAUGUGGUGCUCGUCGAGCGCGGCGGCUGCUCGUUCCUGACCAAGUGCGUGGAGGUGAGGCGCCAGGGAGCGCUGGCCGUCAUUGUGGCCGACAGCGACCCGAGCAACGACGACCAGUACGUGGACAUGAUGGACGACAGCACGCGGCGGAACUGUAGCAUACCGGCGGCCUUCCUGCUGGGCAAGGACGGCUACAUGAUUCGCCGAGGCCUGGAGGCACAUGGCCUUCGCCGAGCGCUCAUCAACAUCCCUGUGAACGUGAGCGGUGUGCCUGCCCACCGGCUGCGUCAGCCGCCGUGGCUUGUCUGGUGACAAUAA